UUGAUCAGUCUGCUCAGAAAACUUAUCCGGAGGGGAAAGUAUUAGAAUCGUUUUCAAAGGAGGAAAAAUCCAGGUUUUGUGCAAAGAAUUGCAUUGCAACCAGAGAGGACAUAACUUCUGUCAAUUAAGAGAAACAAUAUUGCACCCCGAAGUGUAGUCUUUGGUGAUAUUUUUACUUGUUCUGUGAAUACUUUUAUUUGUAAAGAAUAUAUUUUUUUCCGUUUAUGUUGACUGAAGUGUGCUGAAAGCAUUCUCUUCAUUUUGAUGCGGACUGGUUUUUAGCUUUAUAAAUUGGAUCAUUUAACGCACGGGCAUUGCCUGUAAAUUGUAUUCACAUUUGGUGUUUAUCAAUUGCAAGACGAAUAUGUUUCUCAGUUUUUGUCUACUGCUGACAUUUGUCUUGGGGCUGACCGGGUCCUUUGGCUCAUAUGUACCCUGCGAGCCGUGCGACCAGAAGGCGCUCUCUAUGUGCCCCCCGGUCCCCGUCGGUUGUCAACUCGUGAAGGAGCCUGGCUGCGGUUGCUGCCUAACCUGUGCCCUAUCGGAAGGUCAGGCGUGCGGUGUUUACACCGGAACAUGCACCCAUGGCUUGCGCUGCUUGCCGCGGAAUGGAGAGGAGAAGCCCCUUCACGCGCUCCUUCAUGGCAGGGGAGUGUGCACGAACGAGAAAGGAUACAAACCCCUCCAUCCACCCAUAGAUCAUGAGUCUCUGGAACACGAGGACACCCUGACGACUGAGAUCACGGAGGACCAACAGCAGCCCGCCAAAGUGCCGCUCCUCCCCAAGCAGGACCUCAUCAACAGCAAGAAGAUCCAGGCGAUGCGCAAGGACAAGGACCGCAAGCGGGCACAGGCAAAACUGCGCUCCAUUGGCCCCAUGGACUACUCCCCACUCCCCAUUGACAAGCACGAGCCAGAGUUUGGUCCUUGCAGGAGGAAGCUGGAUGGGAUCAUCCAGGGAAUGAAGGACACAUCCCGUGUCAUGGCCCUGUCCCUGUACCURCCCAACUGUGACAGGAAAGGCUUCUUCAAACGCAAACAGUGCAAGCCCUCUCGUGGCAGGAAGCGAGGCAUCUGCUGGUGCGUAGAUAAGUACGGCUCGCAGGUUCCCGGCACAGACUACAGUGGGGGUGACAUCCAGUGCAAGGACCUAGAGAGCAGCAGCAUCAACGAGUGAAUAGGCGGCUCRGCCCCCACCCC